CGCAAAACAAAAACGGUGGUUAUCAGACAAAGGUUGAGUUGCAGCAGAUUCCAGUGCAUCGUCUUCUACUUUGAUCUCUAGACCAGUKUACCAUGCCUCUUGAAAGCAACACCAACGAAUCCACCUCGUUGUUGUUGGACGAUUGCAUUGAGGGGGGCGACACUCCGGUCAACAGCAAGGACAGCAGCAGCGGCAACAACAAAAAUCUGUGGUAUGGCGCCGGCGAGCAAGCCAUAGAAAGCAGCRGGGAAGAUCUCGACUCCUCUGACACCAGCGAGGAGAACGAUCUCCYGCUGCGGUCGUGUGCGAGCAAAGAACGCGAGCAAGAACUCCUGCCGAUUUGGACCAUUGUGUCUAUCCUUUCAUCYGCGUUCGCCUACGGCUGCAUCAUGACUACCCUCUUUCUGAUCACCCUGCCKGUAGAAUGCGAGCGGAUCGAGGCACAAUUUCCUAGCGUCCCCAAGAGCGUAAGUGCGAAUUGAUGCGUCGUUUUUUAGUGGCUGCAUUGCGUUGGGUUCCGAAUCCUUUGUGUGGUCCAAACAGAAAAUUGCGUAUUUUUCCAUCCCCUGUACACCCCCCAGCGUCAAUUGAUAGAUUAUUUGAAUCUUUCUCUUCGUUUUGUCUUCCCUCUCUCUAUUUCUUUCGCCAGGUCUCCCUUGGCUGCUUCGUGGCGAUCGCGGGCUUCACCCAGCUGAUCUCUCCGCUGGCCGGAAUGCUGAGCGAUACGUACAUGCCGCCGACGCAAUUUCAGCUCGGCCAGCGGAUGCCCUACCUCUCGCUGGGCGCGGCCCUGAGCGUUUUUGGCCUGCUCGGAGAGUAUGUGGAAUCCUAUCACACGCUAUGGAUUCCUUAUGCAGUGUUUUUCUUCUUUCACAUGAUCGGCCUCAACAUUACCUACGCAAUGAUGAUUGCCCUAAUCCCAGACCAGGUGCCGACGUCCCAGACAGGGAUUGCCAACGGUAUCCUCGCAUUUCUCAUGGUCACCGGAUCGCUCGCUGGAUUUUCCUACUUUCAUCUAUACUCCAACGGAAUCAUACAGGAAAUGUACGGCUUGUAUAUCUGCAUCGUGGUGAGUUUGAGCUACAAGAGAGAGAAAACGUUCAUUUCCUUUGCUCGAUUUGUUCUUUGUUCCAACAUUGCGUCCAAACUAGUYAUGRCCGCCAUUUUCAUCUCAAAUGAUUCUGUCUGAUGCCCUUGUCCUUUUUUUCUAAAAAUGCUUUUGUGAACGUCAACUUUACCUUCCCUUUCCUGUUCCGUUCUGCCGCCACAAGGUUCUUACAACAAUCCUMACAGGAUUGUACGCCCACGACAAGGAUGUUCGCGUAUUCAUGGAGCGGCGGGAAAUCUCGCGGAGCUUUCGGAGGAGAGAGAGAGCGGAUUCGCUGGCAAARAACCACCCGAUCACGAGAAGCCAGCGCCGACGGCGUCGGCGGCGGCUCAUACUUGGUCCCUUUGUCCUCCUCAAGAACAUGCUUUACGAUCCAAUCGUGGCACUGGACAAACACACCCUUGCCGCGACCUAUACGAUCGAUGUCAAGGAGAACCACGAUUUCUUCAUCGUCACGGUGAGCAGGCURUUUUAUUAUUGCGGGUCAUCGGUCCAGACGUUUUUCCUAUACUUUGUCCAUGACAUUAUCGGCGUCCGGGACAACCCRGAGGCGACCGUUGCCACGCUGGCGGUGGUCAGYCAGAUGGCCGGUGCCCUCGUCUGCUACCCCGUAGGGUGGAUCUCCGAUCGGUUCUGUGGAGGGCGGCGAAAACCCUUUGUUUACGUGGCGUGUACGCUGCUAGGGACAAUCACACUKGYUAUGGUUUUCGCCGAGACGAUCGAACGGAUGACCCUGCUGUGUUUUUGUUUUGGGGCUGCGAAUGGUAAGUCCAUCGAGUGGAAUGGAAUCGAAUGGAAAACCGRCACUGCCACUCGUUGAAUCUCGUUCUGACCGACGCGCCUAUGCUGCUCUACCCGCUUUCUCUCUAUCUCUACAGGGGCMUACUUGACUAUGGAAACAUCYCUCGCCAUCGAUACGCUGCCCACAGMCUAUGACAUUGGUCCAUCUGGKGGCAACGCGCAGCUGCUAGGUAUAUGGGGCGUGGCCGCCUUUCUUGGGUCGGCGAUCGGACCGAUGGUGGGCGGACCCGUCCUAUACCUGUUUGGAUCGUCCACCACGGAAGCCGACCAGGACUACACCAUCGAGGGAUAUGCGGUGCUCCUGUCCCUUUCUACCGUGUACUUUCUCUUGUCGGCCAUCAGCCUACGAUGGGUCCAGAAAUCUAGUGUAUGAUGUGAUGUAAUAUGAUUUGAUUUGAUGCUAUGCCAUGCCAUGCGACACGACAGGAAAAUAUGUGAUACGAAAAGACAUGGUAAUCGUACGCUUCUUCUUUUUCAAAUCUUUAGCUCUCCGACAAUUUCGUCACCGUUGGUAUUAGGAGCACUGCGAAUCAUCGAUGCAAGCCUGUUUCGAAUGGCAUUUUUGUAGUCUACUUCACCAAACGACGUAGCUUGAUCGCGGUGUUUUGCCGACCUGUUGUGAUACUGAGCUUGAACCGAUGGCAGCAUAAAACAAUUUUUCAAAA